GCUGAACUUGAUCGCACGGAGUUUGACGAACGAGAUUUGGAAAAAUUGCGAAAAAAUGACGCUGAAGGAGAACUUUGGCUUCGUCUUUUUAUUCGUUCAAGACAGGGAGAUUUGGAGAAAGCUUAUAAGACUUUGGUAUUUAUUUUUUUAAAUUUAUUUAUUACACUUUGCCUCAACAGGCUUGGAAAAAGAAUAUCAUGCUGUUUAUGCAUGGCUAGUUUCAGUUGUACAAACUACGUUUAAUCUGCAUGGAAGCACAUGCAUGGAAAAAAUACUGCAUGUAUAUACUGUAUACUGUAAUCCAUGCUGUAAUCAUCCUAAUUUAUAACGAUACUCGAUCGUCAAGACAUGUUGCUCUAUUCAUAUAGGCGUACGGGCGGAGUGUGUGUGUGUGUGUGGGGGGGGGGGCAGAUAUUUGUCCGACAUAUCGAUGGAAAUUGCCCGAUAUUAUAUCAUGGGUUUAUUGAUAGAUGAAUAGAAGGUAAAUCUAUACAGACGCGCGGAAAUACAAAGUCAAUGUUAAAACGAUAUAUGAAAAUAUAAAACUAAUUACGAGUAUUUCUGGGAUUUUAUUCUUCAAUGUACAUUGAAAACUUGCCCUACAGUACUCCAUGCAAUUUGAAUUUAAUGAAAUAAAUUUCAAUCUGUCGUUCAGUUUCUGUGACUAAACAUCUAAACAAUAGUAUGACAAGCUACAUAUAUGGAGGCAAGCAAGCCCAGCAAAUUGUCCGAUUUUUUAAGUAGAAUCUGCCGAACUAAACACCGAGUAUUGGGUGGUGCAAUCCCCCAAUCCCCAUCUCGUACGCCCAUGUUUCUUUGCCAAAUCUGUGGAGUUUGUAACAAAUUGUGCUUGAUUACUGUAUAUGUUUUAUCAUAAUUACUGUAUAUGUUUUAUCAUCUUUAGAUAGAAUCUCUGAAAUGGCGAAAACAGUCUAAAAUCCGUGGUAGAGUAUUUCUAUAUAGUAUAUUUUGACCUCUUACGACCAGUGCGGCAUUGGUAUUAAUAUUCUUCAGCAUUUUCUGCCUGCAAAGCGUGCGAUUGCAACUGCAAAUUACAGUGUAUAAGUAUUUUAAUACUUAAAAGUAAGUGGGUGAGUGAGUGGGGGUAUGAAUCAUUCUUACUUGCAGCUGAGAGCCAAGCUGAUUUGCGAAAGACACAGCUCAACCUGAUCGAUUCGAGGGUCAGUUUACUCAGUUAGGGGCUAAUCCCAACCCACCCUGUCAACUUUCCCUGUGGGAGGAAACUGGACUACCUGGAGAAAACCCACGACUUUCACUUUUGGUAGAGCGUUGACUAACUCUUUUCGCAUCUUAAGUGUCAUUUGUCCGCAACGAGAAUCGAAGCCAUGAUCUCAGAGGUUGCUCUGACGACUGCACCACCGACUGCCCCUUCAAAGCAUAUGAAUGAUACAUCAUAUAAACAUCAGCGUACUUCGUUGCGGGUGCCACGAGCCUGGGAAUAAGGUUGGCUACAACCUACCUGCCUGGAUUGUACGCGGUUCAAUGAUCAGUUGCAUGAUUUUAGGAAGUACAGUGAGCAGCAAUGACUGGUUCAGUGAUACGUUUGAGUUAUGUGAUGCUUACAAAAUAUUUACUGAUUGAUUAUCUCAAGUUUAACAACACAUCUGAACAUGCAGUAUAUAUGAGACAAGAUUAUUGAUAUUAGAUAUUAUUUUAGAUGUUAAACUGGAAAAUUGGUUAGCAGAUAAUACCAAGAAAGAAAUUCUAGAGGGAGAAGGCAUCUUGUUCUAUCAUAAUACUGAUAAGAAAGAUAAUCCAAUAUGUAAGCAAAGUCAUAUAUCUGGUUUCAUCCAAUUUCCGAUAAUUUUGUUGCAAUCAGAGGCGAAGCUGAUCUUAUUUAUUUGGCCGAAACGCGGGAAUUAAUUAAGAGGCGCAGUGAACUAACGUGAACCAAUAAUGAGUAUAGUACAUAUUAUUUCGCAAAAACGCACAAGUUGUAACAAACCUGCAGCAGACUUUUAUAGCAAUGCUGUUCCAACAACUUGUCAACAGGAUGUGUUCGCACUGCUUGUUCCCAUCUUGUUACAAGGUGGCUGUGCUCAACAGACUUGUUACAAGUUGUUCCAAAACAACUUGUUGUCGUCCUGCAUGUAAUUCAACAAUUUGUCAACAAGUUGUUACUGACAACCUUGUAGCAACCUGAUAAAAUAACAGAUUGUUACAACUUGUUGGCAAGCUUGCUACGAGCCGGUUGCAAACACAUCUUGUUGACAAAUUGUGAGAUUUUUAAAUGUACAUGUAAUACAGUAGCUUUGAUGAUGAGUAUAUACAGCAGGGUACGAUAAAUCACGUAUUUCGUACCAGAGGUAAGCCAAUAUUACAUACGUUCUGUACCUCUUUAUUUUCAGUACCUCUUUAUUCUCUAACUUUGAUCAAGUCCGAGGCGAAUCCGAGGACUGGAUCAAAAUGCGAGGACUUGAAAUCUAGUCCAGUCCGGAUUGGAGGAUUUGAAAUGACAUCUCAUGUGAAUAAAUCACUAUUUAAUUAAUUUUGAUCCAGUCCAAGGACUGAAUUAAUUUUGAUCCAGUCCUAGGACACUACAGGAUCAAUGUACUUCAUCAGGUAUCCAGUAUUAUCAUGUGAGCAAAAUAAAGCAAUAUGGUUUUCUAAUUUACUCAUGAAUUAUUAAUGCAUGAGUUUGAGAUAUGUUUAUGCUCUACUCGUUUUGACAUUUUAAAUAUAGCAUAUAGAGUCGUAAGAGACUGCUGCUUAUUUUGUUCAUAUACUGUAUAGUUUGUACUGUAUACUGUAGUUCCAAUAUAAUAAUUUCAAUAUUUUCCUUUCAGUGAUAUUUCAGGGAAAUAAAUAUGAAUAUAAGAAAGAAGACAACAAAGAACAAGUGCUUGAAGAUUUGUUUGCCUAUCUUUUGGAGAAACAGGUUGAAUUUAACGUUUAUAUAUUUCCUAGAAAUUGUUUGUGCAUGCCAAUAUACAGAGGGGCUCAUGAGGGCUAGUGCCCUGUUGAAACUUCAUCAGAAGGACAGUCUACAAAAUUUGGUUUACAGUGUAUUUCAAGAGCUACGUGCAGGUCCGUAAUACCAACCUUUCAGAGGCCAAGACAGCGCUGACUUUUAGAAUGACUUUUUGAGUUUUGUCUCACAUUUAAACAUGCUUUUUUAGCAAUACUGCAUGUUUUUGUGUAUAAUGUUUAUAAUUCUUGUGACCGUAUGUUUACCUUUGUUCAGCAUCAACAACGUAUGGGAAAGCAAAUUAUGGUUAUAUGCGAUCAUCAAAACGCGACAUUGGAACAUAUAGUAUGAACUUUAAUUUUACUUCAUUUAAAUUCUACAAAUUUUUUUUUUUUAAUUGGGAAAGUUUUAGAAUAAGUCGUAUGCAGUUUAUGGUUGAGUAAAAUGUCCGUAAUAUUCAGCAUUUUUGUUUCAUUCAUUUUGUUUUGUUUCAUUCAUUUAAUGAAGAAUGGCAUUGAAUAUUAGAAGUGUGCUUACAAUGUGUAUAUCUUCUUACUUAGGAUUUGAAAUUCUUCAAAUUUGUCGUUAAUUUAUUCAACAUUUAUUACCCUAAUAUACUUGGUAAGUAAUAUUGUAAUAUUAGUUUGUUGUAUGGAGUACUGCAGUAAUUAAAGGUUUUAAUGCAGUUACCCUUUUUAUAUUCAUUUGUUUAUAGAUUCAUUUCUGGUUGUCGGUGUUUCAUGGCGUGUUUCUUGUACGUAUACCAUUUAAGGUUUAUAUUAGAAUAACAUUUUUUGUAAUAUUUUAAUGCAAAUUCAUCAGCUUUGACUUUAUUACUUCAGCCAGGAUACCUUAGACUCUGAUACCUUACUGUCUCUUCCUAACUUGAGAAGCAACGUUUAAUAUUUUCUAGUUAACUACGUAAAUGAAGCUGUUUAUUACAGUAUAUACUAAAUAUGAACAGUGUAAGUUUAUUGUCAUUGUCUCUGUGUCUUUUCAAGCUGCAUGGAGAAACAUUCAGAAAUGGCUGAGUCCCGAUACGUCACCCAAGUUCAAGUAAGUGUGUAAUACCCAUAGUUUGUUAACUCACUCAUUGUAUUUUGUAUUAGUGGUUUAGGUAUGCUGUCUUUAGUUGUGGUAUUUAAAGCACGCAUCUUCUGAUAGUUUAUGCAGUUUUUGCAUGCAUGUUCCGUGAAAUUUGAGAAUUAUAGGGGUGACAGUUACACCUGGAAAUAGUGGUGGAUCUUGGGAACAUCUUUCCAAGAAAAUAUUUUGGUGACCAUUAUGUUAAUUAAGGCAGCCAUGCAUUCAUAUUUCAGUAUGAAAGAAACUUUUAUAUACGUUCGAUAUCUUCUCUAGAACUACGCUCAGACCUUGAAAUUAUUCCAGCCCUUCUUGGAUCCCAUGCUAAGAGGCAAAUCAUUUCUUUGUAAAUACUGUGGUCAAAUUACAUUUAACAGAACUUAAACAUUCAUUCAGACAGCUGUUGGGCAUAACCUGUGAUUAACUUAGCGAAAUCCAUCGAAUUGAAAAAUUAAACAGGAUAAUCUUUUGUUUUUAGCUUUCGGCCAGGCUAUCGCAUAUAAUUUUAUGCACGUUACUGAUAUUAGCCUAUCAAAUUAAAUCGUAGUAAGUGCUUAUAAUUUAGUUACAGUGACAACAGGAGAAAGAAAUAGGGCAAAGACCCAACUGACAUCAAACACGCCUUUCAAGACGAAUAUACGCAGAAUCACUGAACUAUCUGGCGUCUUCACUUCAUGAAAGCAAUAUUGAUACUGUAUAUACCCUGUGUUUCCAUUUUCAAGGAAAUUUCACGAAAAUUAUUUUAGUGUAUGAAAGUAUAAUGAUAAAGGAAAUCCAAUUCCAAGGAGUUUUUAAUGUUUGGUCAAGGAAACCAAAGACCUUUUGAGGCCAUAUAUAAUACCAAUCUACUAAGUCUAGUUUUUUCUCUAUUUCUGCCAACCAAAAUUGGAAAUCCUUUUUUGGAAACCAAAAUAUUUUCUUGGAACGACAUUCCCAGAAUCCACCAAUAAUUCUAGGUGUGACUACUUUUACCUUUCACACCGUUGGCAUUUUUAAUCCGCUUAUGUAGUAUUUUUGGAGUAUUUUUUCUUCUAUUUAUAGAUUUGUCGAGCAGGCACAACUCACCGAUUAUGUUGAUAAAUCAAAUCUUCUUGUCUCUUUGGGUGGACAGGUAUGUUUUUACACAAUUGUCUUUGACACUACUUACAUGCAGUCUAUUGGGUUUCCAAUAUGUUUCGCACUUUUUUAACAUUUUUAACCAGAGUGCAGCAAAACAUUUUGAUGAUUGAUAUCUUUUUCAAACUGAAACUCGAUUUUUCCAUUGAUCACAAAUUGCAUGUGCAUGAAUGCUACUGUAUAUAUAACUCAUGUCAAGUCACUCUAAAAACACUCUGGUUAAAAUUGCUGGUUAAAUAUAACAAUUUAGUUAACUUGAUAGGACAGGACUUUCUAGUUUAAUUAACCCAGGGAUGGAUCCAGCUUGGUCCGGUAGGGGUUGGGGGGUUGCUCUGCCAGCCUCUGGUGCCGAGUUACAAAUGGUCAGGCGUGCCGCCCCGCCCAUCAACUUUCAUUUCCACUACUCUAAAGUCUGCUUGACUAUUGUAUUUUGAAUUGUGAAUUGUUGGUUCACAGUUUGCUUAUCAUCAUGUUAUUAAUUAAAAUUACUGUCUCAUUUGGUUUCUAAUAAUUUUGCUUAUCAUGAAAAAUAGCACCUCCCUGCACUCUCUGGCUGUGCUAGGGGUGUACAACUUCCAGUAAAUCCAUCCCAGAAUUAACCAGAUACCAGAUUAUGUUAGGUGGAUAAAUAAAUAACCAGGAGCCCUGGAUUAUUAACCAGGAAUAUUAAGUUAACCCAAAUAGGGUUAUUUCUAGGUUAAUCAGGGAAUUUUAACCAGAGUGUUCAGUGGCGUAGCUACGGAAACUUUGAAUUUUAAAAGUCUGGAAUGGCCAUUUCCUGCGAUUUCAUGGAAUUUUCAUACUUUUUUCAGAAAAAAAUUUGGUAACUUUUUGAAAUCGUUUUUCCGUGAAUUUUUAUCAUAUUUCACUAUAUACUUUUUAACUUAACUGAAUAUUUAGCUUUAUAAUAUUACGGUCAAGUCGCGAAAGAGGAAAAUAUCUUGUAUACAAUUUAAAUAAAUAAAUGCACUUCUGUAAUAUGAUCUAUCACUUGCUUGGAAUUGCGUAAGGUCAAUAGAUGUCGCAGUGUGCUGUUGAAUACGGCGUUUUAUACACUAUAACGUUAUGGCUAGCAUUUCGUUAAAAAUUAACUACGUUUGUCAGUAAUGUGUUAAACUAUAACGGAGUGGUAUCAACUACGGACCACCACACUUGGCACUCUUGAUGCAAAUCAGUACGCCCCCCCCCCCACCCCCACCCCCCGAUUUCAUAUUAUAGAUCACGCGACAUGAACACGUUUUUGAGUUCAAGGGUUUAUUUGUGAGAAUGUGAAGUAAACACAAGUGAGUGUAUAUCGAAUACAGAUCGGUAUAUAAUGGUGCCGUGACUAGGAUUUAAUUGAAGUGAUUUCAAGGCGUAAAAUGUUAGAAAACACAGAAGUAAACGAACAAAUUAUGGCGGAGGAGUAGACUACGAAAACAAACAACGACGAGAUUUCUCGCAUGGAAAGUGGUAUUAAAAACGAAAAUUUUAGACUGGAAUUACUAGGAAAACAAGGGAGUUACUAGAGUCAAUGGGUUACGAGGAAAUGGUGAUUGUAGGGCAAAGAACGGCGAAAGUCAGCGAGACAUUGACGAAUUUAAUAUCGAAUGCUGUGGAGUCAAAAAUUGAGUUAAAUAUGACACCGCGAAGUGAGACAGUGGCGAGGUGAGAUAAAAGCUAGCUAUUCGCAUUUACUCGAAGAGAGGGAAAGAUAACCAAAGCAUUUCGUCUGAAACAGCUAGAUGUUAAGCAAGACGAAAAAAUGAGAAUUAUUGACGCGGAAAAACGACAACAAGAGAAAGCUGAAAGACAACAACAAGAAGCUAGAGCGAGACAAGAGGAACAAGACGGAUGAGUAAGGCGAGAGAGACUGGAGCGAGAACGUGAAAUGUUAGAAGAGAGACUAAAAUACGAGUUGAGAGUAACUGAGAAAAGUCUAGAAAUGGAAAAUAAAGCUAAAUCUACUCAAGCAAAAUUACCUAAGUUGAGAACUUCUCAAUUUAAUGACACACCAACUGACUGGAUAAGAUUUGAAACCAUGUUCACUACAUAAGUGCAUGACAAACCAAUAAGUGAUGAGGAGAAAUUUGGUUAUUUACUGGAGAUGGUCAGUCACAGGUUCGAGAGAGAAUAAGUAAUUUAAAGCUUAGUAGGUAUAAUACUGCUUGGGAGAGAUUAAAAGGAGACUACGGACAUACCAACUUAGUUGUGAACGCCCAUAUGGACGCUAUUGUUAAUUUACAAGUUGUAAAGGGAUCUAAUUAAGAGAAGGUGAAAGAAUUUUAUGAGAAGGUUAGUUAAUGUUAUGAUGCAUUGGAAAUAUUAGGACAAGCAGAACACUGAUCUGAUCAGAUCUUGUCAGAACGGAUGAUAGAUGAGAAAAUUGGAGCAUGAAAGAUGUACUUGAGAGCCUUCAACAGUGGUUGAAAAGAAGUAGGAUGGCUGGAGAGGUGUCUAAAAUCCCUACUGAUAAUACUAGCAGAGAGAGACGUACAAUGCAUGGUAUGCACAAAAAGGCAACGGAAAGCAAAAGAAGAAGAAGUGUUUGUUCUGUGAGGGAUCCCAUUGGGCUGACAACUGUCCUAGCCAGGAUACGAGAGAAAAAAGGAAAGCAUUCUCUGUUACACGUAAGCUGUGUUUCAACUGUGGAUCAGCAGGUCAUAGAGCUGGUUAGUGCAGAGGUAGAGGGUGUCAUACAUGUCAAGGGAGACGUCACACAAGUUUAUGCGACCGAAAACGAAACUUGGACCUUGUUCUUGAUGCAUAUACUGAUGAUGAAGAGUCGCUGGUCAGGGAGAUAUUUCGUGUCAAACGAUGCCAUCAAAAGGUUGAAAUUGGAGCCAAUACGACAUGAAGUUCGACAAAUUGUAACCAUAAAUGGGUCAAAGGAACAAUCACUACCCAUUUAUAAUCUUGAGAUCAAAUCAGUUGAUGAGAAACAAGUGGAGACUGCUGAAGUUACAGGAUCAAAAAUGCAAACCUUUACAACAAUCAUGAGACCAAAUAUAAGUGUAUUGAAGGAGAAACUUGAACAUGCCAAAGAUAAACAAUUCUCUGUUACAAAGGAUGACAAGUACCCAAUUGACUUGAUGAUUGGUGACAAUCUUUACUGCAAGAUUAAAACCGAACAAGUGUUUAAAGGGAAGUGUGAUGAGCUGAUUGUUGAGGGAACCACGUUUGGCUGGGUGAUCCAUGCAUGGUGGUGACUAUCCUGUUAGCGAAUGUCUAUUUACUACGGAAGUUUCGGAUUAUGAGAGACUGUAUAGUUUGGACAUACUUGGAAUCGAGGACAGAAGAGAGAACGAUCAGAACGAAGUGCUAUUAGAGUUUACAGAGAACAUUGCAAGGAAGGUUGAUGGCAGAUACGAAGUUAAUAUACCAUGGGUAGAGGGGAUGAAUUAACUGAAGCAAAUCUUGAACAGAGUAAACGUAGACUGAGUAAUGUGGAGAGAAAGUUAAGGCAAGAUGACGAACUGUCGAGGUGGUAUGAGGAAAUAGUGAGAGAGCAGCUAGAGUCCGGAAUUAUUGAACAUGCCGCUGAAGAACCAACUGGUAAUAGAGUCUUACAUGCCACACAAACCAGUGGUGAGAAAUGAUGCAUCGACUACCAAAAUUCGCAUGGUGUUUGAUGCAAGCGCAAAGCCCCAACCUUUAGCAAGCAGUCUUAGUCAGUGUAUGCAUACAGGCCCCCCUCCACAACCACGUUUAUGGGAUAUUAUGAUACGUGCAAGAAUGUGCACCGAUAUUUUGCUCACAGACAUACAAAAGGCAUUUCACCAUUUCCUGAGUUUCCAGCAAGUAGACCAGUAACAAAGAAAACUGUGCUUAGCAAAAUAGGGAGCAUCUAUGACCCUUUAGGUCAUUUUUCGCCAACCCUAGCAGCUGGAAAGCACAUUUGUCGGGAAAUUUGCGAAGAGAAAGUGACUUGGAAUGAGGAGGUGUCAACCGAGUUGAAAACAAUGUGGUUUAGAUGGACAGAACAGUUGGAAAUCGUAGUAAUGGACAAAGAACGACACUUGAACAAUAGACUAUUAACGUACGUGGAAGAUGAAUUAGGCAAAGACAGAGUGUUGACUCCAAACACGAUCUUGUGGGAUCAAAAUUCCUAUACGGUUGAUGAAGAUUUCGAAGAAGAAAAACUGACGCAGUUUGAGAAACGUCUACAGCACGCUCGACAACAUGUGUGGACACGCUGGAGAAAGGAAUAUAUUCAUAGUUUGAAGGAGUCGCACAGAAUUCAGAAAGAAUGAUCGGAGCUUCCGGAUUUAAAUGAGGUUGUGCUUGUUGUCGGAGACGAGAAAAAUCGAGGAGGAAAGGUUAUAAAACGCAUUAAAGGAAAGGAAGGAUCGGAGUUAUUAGAGUGGUGUCGCUCGUACACAAAGGGCACACCACAGAGCGACCUUUGCAACUCGUACGCGACCAGAACACAACCAGUACGCGAAGAGAACGUGGUUGAAGACGAAAAAGAUUCACAUAAUCAGAGACCAACUAGGGAAGCAGCCAGGAGAGCAAGAGAGUGGUUAAAGAUUGUAGCUCAGGAUGACGAUUGGGAAGAACAUUGAGUAUAAAAAUGAAAAUUUGAUUUUUUUUAUAGGGGAGUGUGUGGGGAGCAAGCCUUUUAUUACGAACACACUUCACACACACCGCUUCAUAUUAUAGAUCACGUGACAUGAACACGUUGUUCAGUUCAAUGGUUUAUUUGUGAGAAUGUGAGACUUUUAUGUAAAUUUAUACUUUACACAACGCAAUAAAACUAAAAGUAAACACAAGUGAGUGUAUAUCGAGUACAGGUCGGGAAAACGCUACGGUAUCAAAAUUGCUGCAGCGCAACUAUAGUGUAAAGGCGGCCAAAUAUCUAACAUAAACUUUGUAAAUCUAAAUUGGUAUAUCAUUUCUUAAACUCUAUACAAGCACUCGUGUUUCAAUGCGUAAAGCAGAUGAACUGUGGCAGUAAAUGAUACGCUUAUACUUCAUAUCAAUACGAGAGGCUUCACAAAUGUUUGUAUUCCCCAUUAUAUUGUAACUCAAUCGAGUCUGUAUUGUCUGUUCACAUGCAUUUCGUGAGCUAAAAUAUCUUAGCAGAAACUAGAAAUUAGAUUUUAAAAAAAGUUUAAAAAAAGUUUUAAAACAAUUUUAAAAAAGAAAAGAAAAAGUUUAAAAUUUUAAAAAGUUAGAUUUUCAAAAAAGUUCAAAAAAAAGUUAGGGUUAGUGGUUAGUGGUUGGGGUUGGCGUUAGUGUUAAUUUAGGGGUGAGAUGCCGCGAAUUUAUCAUGAUAAAUUCAAAAUGUGCCGCGAAUUUAUCAUAAUGAUAAAUUCGGACGUGUUUAAGAAUACGUACUCAUAUAGUAAAUUCAAAGUAAUUUAAUUUAAUUUAUAAUUUAUUACACUUUGCCUCAACAUGCAGGCUUGGAAACCGCAACAGCUACGGCCAUUUACUGCGGAUCCAUUAAAGGUAGAGGUAGAGCUCAUGCUGAUAUUUAUAGCUUGAGUAAUCUCAACAGAAUAGUAAAACGUGUGUUUAGUCACGCAGAAACCUCGCUAGAAAAAAAACAAUACAACUCCAACACCUGCCUUCUCGAGAUAGCAGGAGUUCGACUUUGUAAACAGCCGUUUUGAGCAUGCGCAGGGCUGAUUAUCCAAUCAGAAACCAGGAUUUCUUGUAUUAAAUAUUAUAGCAACUCCUGCCUUCUGAAGAUAGCAGGAGUGAAACACGAGUCGCGUGUGAAUCAAUAUAUUGCCAAGAAAUGAGAUGUUGUAGGGGGUUACAGUUGCUAGGUAACAGGCUGUAAAAUUGCGUAAAUGUAAUAGAAAGCGGGAAAUGUUCAAAAAUAAUAAUAAGACCAGAAAAAUGAAAUGAUAAAUUUUUAAAGUUUUAAGAUAAACAAAGCAUUUUAUUUGGAACUUGGAAAAUUAUUUCUCUAUUUUGUGGAAAGUUUUAGUCCUGCUGAGCAUGCAGGACAAAUAUAACCGCUAGUUACGCCACUGAGAGUAUUUUUAGAGUGAACGAAUACAGGAGAUGACUUUCACUAAUCUCUUUGUAGGAUAAAUACAAAUAUAAGUUCCCUCAUGAAGAAGAAACACAACAUCCUUUCGAACCAUCGUAAGUUAUUUCUCUGUAUAGUCGAAACGUAACUCUUUAUUCGGUGUUGCCGUUGUUUCAAGUGUGUAUAUCCUCUAUACAAGUAAAUGUUUAUUGAUUUAAAAAAAAACGGUCAUAUAGCAUUUUCUGUAUCCCAAAAUUCCCUCCAAUUGGCAGAGUAUAUAAUUUUUGUGUGCAUUUCUGUAGAGUGAAUGAAACCGGUAGCUCGAACGAUCUUGAUACCCAAAGUCCUUUUGAAGAUGCUAUUGAACAUAGUGAUGACAAAAUUGAAUCAAUUAUUCCGGAGGAAUUACCGCCAGAAAGUGUAACUUUGACUACAACAGUAAGAGCUCGGUUGUGACACAUUAAACUAGGUUUCCAUAUGGUCGUAACGAUCUUUCUCUACGGCCAGGUUAUAACAGUCUUUUACUUGUAAACCACAUGUAUAAAUCAUAGGUAUUCUCUAUUUAUUCUCUGCCUAUUUUCAGCCCCAAAUUGUUGUAUUUCGGCUGUUGAGAAAGAUCGUGGCUCGAUCUUUACGACUGUUACGACUAUAUAUGGAACCAGGCUUUAAACAAUUAAACCGUGGAUGAUUAUCAUAAUUGAUUAUAAUGAUUCCUGCCAGUAUAUAUCUUUGCUGGGAACCAUGUACAUUUGACGUUUGGGCUGCUAUAAAUCUACCACAAUGGUCGUACAGUUCAAGAAUGUUGCUUACGAUAGAAGCAACCGUUUUACGUUCAGAAUAAUGAUAAUUUAUACUAUAGAAUUACGUUUGUUGCACGGAAAAACAACCGUUUGCAAAAUUUUCACUGACUAUUUAAACAGAUCUGCCAAUCAUUAACAAUCUUUUUUACGGACUUCACCACACAUGCAUGUACACGCUGUAUAAUUUUUGAAAUCUAGGCGUUCCGCGGUUAAGUUAUUCUCCCUAUAUCGAAGCAGUAAUUUUAUAAAACAUAAAUUCAGAUUAUGUAAAAAUGCUACAGUGAAAGAAGUGGUUUCGAUAAAAGUACAAAUUUUCAACGGAAGCAGCAAGUUUCAUUUGCAGUUUGAAUUGUAAAACAUAUACCUGCAAAACAUAUACCUGUAAAACAAAACCGUAAAUCGAGUUGCAUGCCAAGCACUAUUGAGUUGCAUGCAUGCACUAUUAGCUGAAGACUACGCCUGAUUUUGGUUAUAAUAAUUGCAUGUAACUGCCGCGAUUGAAAAUAUUAUAUCUUAUUUUUAUAAUUAAAAAUAUGAGUAAAAUUAAGGCAAGAAGUAGUGAAAGUUUGCCUCUGUGAAUUCAAAGCUAACGUUUAAAAAACUCAGGCAGCCGACGGUUUGAAAGAGAUUAUGAAGAACAACAGCACCUUUAUUUUAAUUCAUUACAAAACAAGGACAAUUUUGAAAUUUUAAAGAUUGUAAAUUUUCGUAAAAAUUAACGAUUUCUAAAACCUGCGCUAAAACUUGCCUUUCUAAUUCAUAUAUUGAUUUUGUAAUUGAUGUCGUUUUUAUUCUAUAGGACUGUUUCUUCUACAGAUACAAAUAAGGAAAUUUAUUGUUAUGGCCGUUUAUAUAGAAUACUUUUGUUCAGGUUUUCUGUUUGCAAAAAUGUGGAUGUAAAAAUAUUCAUUUCGCAUAACAGGUGGUUAUAUAACCUUGCUUGUAACCUGGCAACCGCAGGCAAGGAUGGCGUCGUAAGUCAAAACAAUCACUGAAAAAAUAUAGAUAUUUAAUCUUGAACGAGAACUAAUUUAUAGCAGUCUGUUUAAAAAAUAUUCCAUCUGUUUAUGGAUUCUGUGUGUAUUUUAUUUGUUUGGGUGGAUUAUUAUAUAACUUUUGAAUGUUUGUGACAGGUGGUUUGUAAGUCGUGAUUUUUAUACAUUGAAUUUGUGCCCAUGCAGCCAUAGUGUUGUAGAAGUUUAUACAAUGAACUUCUUCUGAUUUUUAGAGUAUGGGUAGUUCAAUGGCAACAAUGCAGCUCAGACGCGUAAGUAUAUAUAGUCACUUUAUUUAUUAUCUUUCACUUAAGAAACAAUUGUGUUCUCCAUAAUAUAUAUGUUAUGCAUGUUUUUAGAAUAUUCGCGUGUAAUGUACCCGUGACCAACUCAAACUUCAUGUCUUAACCUUUUUUAGCGUAAAGGUCGUGAUAGUCAACAAUCGUCAAUUGAAGAGAUAUCAUCCCUUGAUGAGGAAUCUCAGCCUGAACUUACAAUCAGGUACUUGUUUAACACACUUUCGGUAAUGCUUUUUUGAGCCCUGAAUAGAAAAUGUAAAAAAUUGUAUCUUUAGGCUAAUUUUAGCCAGUACUAAAUGGUAAAAUAAUUCUAUGACCAAAAUACUGAAGUUAUGCGCUGUAUGAUCUUGGGCGGAGUAGUCAGAUGGAUCCGCCCUGAUUAGGUUUGUAUACACAAAUCUUGUACAAUGUAAAUAGUGGUACGAAAAAUUAAAUUAAUGGUGAUUUCUAUAAAACGCAAUUGAUUUGAAAAGGUGGGGAAGAAAAACGAAGUUUCGUUCGAGGAAAGUCGGCGAAGGUCAUCCUGAUGCGGAGAGUCUAUCAGGUUGCCGGCACCCGGCGAAUUUCUCCGCCUCUAACGUCGACAAUCGCCGGUUGUUUCUGGAAAUCAUUUCCUUCUUACCACAGAAAUGUCAAGGGUUUAAUACUUUUUAAACCAUAAAUUUUACACGAUAUUCUUUAUUAAAUAUUUUGGAUACUGUGACGAAAUCUCAAAAACAACUCUCCAAAGAUGGCUGGAAAUGCCAUUUCAAAGAGUCUACAUUUCAAAAUCUCCAGGGGUAGACGAUCUUGGUUGGUAGUAUAUGUACGUUCGGCACCAUAGCCAGUGAACCUACUUCUUUCAAAAAAGCCUCCUACUCCAAAUUCUAUUGGGAAUCCUGGAUGCAGGUUUUUAGGGAGUUCGACAAACUGCUACCGCGGCAACUGCAGUGAAAAGUUCAGUAAAUCAUUUAAAAUGUCGAUAUGCACUGAUUAAUGGUGACAUUUAUGUUCCGGGGGGUGUGUUUCUGAAAUUGUUUGAAGGUGGACCAUCCCCAUAGAAAAUCCGUUUUUGAAAAAUUAAUUUUAAUUGGUAAUUUCUUGAACUCACCACAGGCCGCGGACUUGCUUAAGCAGCUUUGUAAUUUUCUGUAUGUCCCAAUUCAAUAGAAAUUGUGAUUGCGAUUGUUUUUUGUUUAUCUGUUAUUGUAAACGAUCUGCCCCGUGUUUGCAAAAAUGGAGUAGGCAGUGCUCGAAAGCAUGAUAUUUAUCCAACGUACAAGGUCAUCGAACGAAAUUUGUUUAUCUACGAAAAUUAAUGGCUUGAUCUACAGUCUAAACAUUCAUCUAAAUAUAACCAACAUUUACAAAUUGUAUGUAGCUUCAGCCGUUUAUAUUUAUACUGCGGUCGACGCUGAAUCCCACACACGGUUAAAUAUUUGUAAUAAUUUAUAAAGAGACUUUAAAUUAUUAAAGUGUUUAUAAUUAAAUUAAUAUUCGUAAUAAGCAAGUUUCCCUUCGACAGUUUUCUAUAGUGGAGCGCACGUGCUCGUAGGUAGUCUACAAAAUUCCCAUGACAACCAUAUUCAAAGUACUAUAAUUUUUGUUUUCGAAAAGCUGCCUAAUUUGCGGCGGAAAACUUGUCAAUUUUUAGCGUAUAAUCAGUGCUCUCAUUUCUCAUUGCCUGGAAUUCCUUAGAUUCUCGGUAAAAAAUUCCUCAGAUUUAGUAAAAUUUCCUUAAACGAGGGGUAGGCAUGUUUUUUUGGUAAUUCAUGGCCUGAAUGAUUGAGAAUUACAAAGUUAGGUUCCCAGAAUUUUUGUCUCAUGUGGGAAUUGGGAUUUUGAGCAGCAUCGUUAGAAGGGGAUUUUACAUUGUUGGUCAAGGAAUAUCUUCCUUCGAAAAAUGUUUGCAGUCCUGAAUGUAAAAGACUGUAUUUCCUGCGUUUUUAAAAAGUAUUUUUGCAUAAUACAGCUAAAUUGACUGAAUUUUUAAAUAUUAUUUCAAUAUUUUCAAAUAUUAUAGAUAAUAACAAAAAAUUCCUUAGAAAUUCCUUAAAAAUUCUAUUUCCUUAAAAGUCUCCUUAGAAACUGACAAUUUCCUCAGUUUAAGGAAAUUUCCUUAAAACUGAGAGCCCUGCGUAUAAUACACGAGCCAAAAGCUUGACAAGAGACUGGCUCGUCUGUACGUAAACCAGGAGAAUUUGCGAAAAACGCAACUAUCUAUAGACUCCUGGUUAGGUCUGAUAAUGUAUCUGGAUUUGCGGUUGAAUAUCGCACUACCUCUCACUGGCUUAGUACGCUGAUUGGUUGAUCGGAUAUAUCAAACACAUCUGAUUGGUUAAUGAUCGCUUCAUGGUAACGGUAACGGUAGUGGAAGUCAAAUCUAAAACCUCUCUACUGAUUACUGUACUCUACAUAAAUAGACACAAGAAUGUUAACAGUUCAUUCAUAUGUAGACUAGUAGGGGCGAAUAUUUCGUUCCGCCCACCCUGUAUGACCUAUAUACAACCCUGUGACGAGUGACUGCCAUGAUCUAGCAUCUACAAAGAACCCUUUUACUGUACUGUAUUAGUUCUAUUGCACGAGAUGCUCCAAAAUAUCGAUAUUUAGUUGAGAUAUUUGAGAGGGUCAAAUCAUAAUACAUCAAAUCAGAACACGUGUCCGUCUUUGUUGUAAAGUGGGUAAAUGUAUAUAGGUGGGCUUGCUUUAGAGGCGUAAGUGCUUGGUAAUUGCGCAUGUUAAUUGCACAACAAAUAUUUAAUUGAAAUCUUUAUUUAAUUGGAUAUAUUUUCUUAUAUAGCCCGAGUGAAGAAAUCACGUUCCAAGAGACUGUAGACGCUAAAGAAGUUCGAGAAACCUUGACGCUCAAGAAUAUUUGUGGGAACAAAGUUAUUUUUAAGGUGAAUGUAAUAAUAACCUGGUUCAUGUAAUAAUCAAAGACCUGCAUAUUGUGGCAACCUUUCCUGAGAUCGUGGUUUUCUUGCACGGGCAACCUCCCACUCAGAGGUAAACCCCUGUUCUCACCCACCCACCACAGAGGUUUCAACGGAGGAACUUCUCUUGUUUAGAAUAGAAGAGUUUAGAAUUGAAACUCGCGUUAAUUUUGAUGCUUGAUGCAACCAAUUUUUACCGCUAUAUUUAUAAAUCCAAUCAAUAUUUUAAAGUGUUUGUCAUGGUACAAACCUGUAUUAUUUGAUUACAACCCUUAAUGUCAAUAUAAUUUACAUCCUCCAAUAUCAUUUGUGUAGAGAAUUAUUUUGUGAUAUUAUAUAUUUCUGAAAUUUAGAUCAAAACAAAUUCAGCAGCGAACUUCCGUGUUAAACCAAGUAUGGGAGCACUAGAACCCGGUUCAACCCAAACUGUCGUUGUUAUGCUUUUGUUAAAAGGUGAUUAAACUCAAUAUUUUACGCGUCAACUACAGUAUAAGGAAGACGUUCUUAUCCGCAUGAAAUUGUUGUUAACCAUCAUCAUUUCCUUCAUUUACGCUUAACGCCCUCUCUCCUCCGCAGAAGCUUACAUGAAGUUUCUAGUGAGGGAAAAGUGAGCGCGCAAGGAGUGAUGGGAAGAGCGAAAUAAAGGAAGCCUCUGCUAGUUAAUGCAAUCAAUAUGGCGUCGUAUAUAAUCGUUUGGAGUUCGGUUUGAUAUCAACCUUCGAGGGUGUUAAAACAUGUUUCCACUUUCCUUUUCAGGCGUACUUGUGUCUCCUGGAAUGAAUCCAAUAUCAAUAUCUUCUUCUGUCCAUUUGCACCGAAAAAUAUUGAGAAAUUGCAGAUGAAUAUAAAUGGAUAUGCGCUAUCUAAUUAUAAAUAUCCUCUAAAUUGCAACAUUUCUUUAUAAGAAUGACUCUACUGAACUUCGAUACUCAGAUUAUGAAGAUCAACUUCAAUUUCUUCCACAUUUCCGUCGAUUUCAAGUUUGAAAAAAGGUCAAAUAACUGGCUUGGUUCAAAAACCAUACUUCGUUGCAUUAUGUGGCAGAGCCUUCUCGGCUUCAUUUCGUUUUCUUUAACAAUAUUCUUUGGCCUUCCAGUUGUAAAUGUGUCUAAUUAUUUUCUUUCCGACUUUCUUAUGUAAUAUCUUAGGUGAAGCAACUCAAGAAAAACAUCAUUGGAACAAGGAUAAAUUUCUUAUUUUAUACGCUGAACCCCAGGAUGAAAUUACAAGUGAAACAAGUAUUCAUGACGUGUGGAAGCACACUCCAAAGUCGAGUACUAGAGAAUACAAGUGAGUAACAAAGAAAACUAAACAUGUCUUAAAUAUAGCACAACAUCCUUCUCUCAAUCUCAUUGGUUGCCUGGCCCCUUUGUAUACGUGGUUAAAAUUUUUCCCGCCUGCCGCAAGCCCGCACGAAAGAAUCUAGGAAAUGUGAAGUUUCCUAUUAUAGAAGUAAGGUGUUAUAAAUUUUCUUCGCGAGAUUUAUUUCUUCGCUGGUGUUACAUGUACAGUGGUUUCAAAAUAAGCCGUCACCCGUCGCAUCCGACUGCAACUCUUCCAUUUGCGACGGCUACUUUCUCUUUUGUGAGUAACUAUGAAUUCUGUUAAAAUAUUAAAGUGUUUACAAAACAUUUUGUGAGCAAACAAGCGUGUAUUUUCCUGGAAUUUCGUCGAAACAUAACCACAGUCACAGAUUAGAAGCUUUGAUAAGUCUCUUGCGCGUUGAGGACAGGCUCAGAGGUCUUCUUGGUAGCGGUUUUUAACAGAUUGUACUUUAUGUAAGAUGUCACAUUCGUCUCCAAGAACAAAAACAAAAUGGCGGAAAAACGACAACGAAAGCUAGCGGAGAUGUGGUCGCUAUUGUUAUUGGACGUUGUUGUUGUAGGCAUUAAUUAUAAGAACAUAAAUUUAACAGUGUUUUAGACAUUUAAAUUAUAUGAUUUUUUUGUGUCUCAAAAAUAAAUGCUGGAAAAUGCAUCUUCUAGAGUCUAUAAGUCCAAAAUUUUCUGGAAGCAUGCCUUCCGAUCCCCCAAGUUGCGAAGUUCGGUCUUUGGUUGCAACUCCUACUCUUCCCAACUCAACGUCUACUAUGAAAUGUUUUGAAACCACUGCUGUUAAAAUGGGACUGUAUAUUUUCGUUUCAAAUUUAUAUUUUCUCUUCAACAAUCGUUAUCUCUAGAUUCUCUACAUAUGACUGAACACUGCUUUCGGUUGUUUCAUUCUUUCUCUCUCGUUCUCUCAAACAGUCUAUCUCUAACUUAUAUUUUCCUCCCUCGUGACGCACAUUUUGCAAAACCUUCCUCGCUUGGUUGGCCACAAAUCAACGUACAAAACUACCCUCACGUUCGUACAUUUCAUCUUAUUUACUAAGAUGCUAAAAAGUUCCUCUUUUCUUUUAACGUUCGUAUUUCCUGUUCUUCAAAUGUUCCAGUUUACUCGGAUUUAUGAUUAAUAUGCAUACGAAUUUAUCAAUAUUAACAGUAAAACCGGUUACAGACGAGCAAGUUUUCUAUGACAAAUUUUCAUAUGGCAAGUUUUAUUUGUCAAUUGCACUUGUGUACGUAUACAACAGAUUUUCUAUGACAAGUUUUUGGUUUUCUGACCGCCAACAUAGCUAUUAUUAUAGCUAGUACAACAAUAGAUCACUGACCAAUCUUAUGCAAAUGCUAAGAUUACUUUUCCAAAUUUUCUUCGUUGACCCAUACAGACGAACAAAAUUUGUACUUUGCCAAUUUUUUCUAUGACAAGUGCACUUGCUCAAGCUAGCAUGCUAGCCUUCUAAAACUAGUGUACUUGUCACAGAAAAAAUUGGAAAAGUUUCCUAUACAGACGAGCAAAUAAAAUUUGUCAUAUGAAAACUUGUCAUAGAAAACUUGCUCGUCUAUAACUGGUUUAAGAAAUACUGUACUAGUGUAUUCUGCACUAAAUCUAAGCUACUAAUUUACAACAUAAGGUUCUGAUUUUAAGAAUCUUUUGUUGCUUGGCACUGCUUGCUUUUGACACUGCUUGCGUUUCUCCAGAUUUCACCGCGCCCAGUGUUUUGCGCGAUCUAUUUAUUGUUGAAAAUCUCGGUAUGCGUCUCUGUCGAUCCAGAUGGUAAAUUCGGCGUCUAAACCAGAUAUAAACUGGUUCUUGUUAUUUCGGGUAAUGUUUUUUUAUAUUUUGGACGUUUGAUUUUCUACGAUCACAAACAAACCAAGCAUAACUGUCAGUUAUGAGCGAAACGUUAACGGUGCAAAAUAGCAUGAGGUUACGUCACGUGCAAAUGAUCAAUUAGCAUUUCUCACGCAGGCAAUAUCAGAAUGUGAAGAGAGACUUUUCAAAGUUGUAACUGUAAAUUUACCAUUAUACGCACAAAAACAGUGAUAAAAAGUCGCAUGCAUGUCGCAGUGCGUACACUUGGGAAAGGCAGUACACCAAAGUGGCGGAUGAACCGAGUGUGAGAAAGGCUGCUUCCUGUCCUCUGCACAGCCUGAACACAAGGUGACUACUAAAUGACGUCAUCAUAUUCUAUAUAGGUUAAACUGUCGCGUGUUGGAUGUGAAUGGGUUGGAAAAGAGACCAAAGACAAUUGAUGACGCAAUAGAGAUGAAUAUAAAAUUACAACGACAAAUGUCUCAAUUACAAUCAAAGGUCUGUUUCAUUGGAUGUUUGAUGGAAAGUUAAGCCGGUUACAGACGAGUUUUCUAUGACAAGGUUUUGGUUUUCUGACCGCCAACAUAGCUAUUAUUAUAGCUAGUACAACAAUAGAUCACUAACCAAUCGCGUGCAAAUGCUCAGAUUACUUUUCCAAAUUUUCUUUGUUGACCCAUACAGACGAACAAAAUUUGUACUUCGCCAAUUUUUUUCUAUGACAAGUGCACUUGUUCAAGCUAGCAUACUAGCCUUCAAAAGCUAGUGAGUGCACUUAUCACAGUAAAAAUUGGCAAAGUUUCCUAUACAGACGAGCAAAUAAAAAUUGUCAUAUGAAAACUUGUCAUAGAAAACUUGACAGAAAAGCUUGACCGGCUUUAACAGAAAUGCAAUACCUCUGUAAUAGAAAAAUCGGAUGCGUUCUCAUCAAUAGCAAUGGCAUACCUAAUUUUAAGAAUUUUUUAUCACUGCACAGUUUUGUGCAAAGUUUAGUCGAGCAGAAGCACGCCCUGAAAAUUUCUGAACACACCCUUAUAAUAAUGUGUAGCGACAAAGCAGGCUACUAUUCUUAUUCAAAAAUGCCAAAACGAACAUACACUGCACAGCACUCAGGGAAAUUAAUUGGGGGCCCAGGACAAACUUUGACUUGGGGGCUCUCGUGAUUCCAUGUUCUAACACUAUGAUUCCCUGGUCCGGGGGCAUCACCCGGAAAAAUUUUGAAUCUGAGGUCCCAGAAAUGGCCAAAUCCUGCAUUCUGGAAGUCUAGUUGACCCAGCGGGCAAAAUGACGUUUAUCCAACGUUGAAUCAACGUUGGAAAUGACCUUCCAGACGUUGGAUAGGCGUUGAAAAAGGGUUGACUAUGCAAAUUGGAUCGACGUUACUGUUUCGACGUUGAAACAACGUUGAAAUUAGGUUGCCAGUCUCGUCAACCAUAAUUCAACGUUGAAUCCACGUUAAAACAACGUUGAGAUUGGUUCACAAAUCGACGUCGUACAUUUAACCAUGAAUGAACGUUAAUCAGUCCACGUCUGUUGGCUGCUGUUGAACCAAUGUUUGUAAAACAACGUCAGAGCAACGUAGAUAUUAGGUUGUCGACGUCGCAACCUUUUUUCUACCAAAUUUCAACGUUGAAACAACGUCGUGUGCCCAGUGGGGACAGUUAGUUAUAUCUAUGUACAUUUCACUGCAAUUCUUUAUUUGGGCCCCCCUUUAACUGGGGUCCCAGGGCAAAUUACACCCCUCUGGGCGGCCUUGACAGCACCUGCAGUUACGACUAUCUGUGAAAGCUUAGUUUCAUAAUAACAUGACUGAAGAAAAUAAAUAUUUUCGUCUUGGCAAAUGAAAGGCGGCUUACGGGCUUAGGCGUGACAAACUUCUAGAGGAGUUCCAGGGGAAUGCACCCACAGACAAUUUUGUAAUCUAGGCACUAUAAAAGGGUAUCUCCUGCAUUGUGCGGGGACAUUCUAUAGAAUUCUGAAAAUUAUACAGUAAUUACAAAAUCUUAGAAGUAUCAUUCGCACCUUCUUCCAAACUCAUAAAGAGAUCUUUGGUGAGAGACUUUGUUCAUCUGAUGAACCAUAAGUAUGUUAUUAAUGCGGACGUUCGAUAAUUUGGCAGUCAUCAUUUCAAUUUCAAUUAAAUCGUUCUCAUUCAAAAUGUUUCGCCGGAUUAGUUCAGUUUUUUCUGCUCAUUGUCUCAUUUUCUUGUGUUAAUUAACAACUUAUCAAAGCAAAUUUUAUCACUGCACAUUUUACAUUUUUUCACUGCACAUUUUACUUUUAUCACUGCACAAAUUGGUUAUCACUGCACACUAAAAUUAGGUAUGAGCAAUGGCCAAUGCGUAACUUGAACAUUUGGUUGGUUGAAACUUUAUUGUAUUGGUUGAUUAUCAUCAUCAUCAUCACAUGUCGGACAAAAGCAUGCAUGGGAUUUGGCGCCUACUGUCAAUAUUAUAUGGGGUGCCUAGAAUGUAAGCCAUUUUGUUAGUUUUACCAUAUGAUAUAUAUUUUCUUAAAGAAAAAUGUCAAUUUUUGUACGUAUCUCCGCUUCAACAAAAUGGCUUACAGCGACAGAAAGGGCUCAAGAAAAGAGCAAAAGAAUCUAUUUGUCUCUCCGUGUACAUGUAAAUUGGUCAGGAGAAUUCAAAGUAAAUGUAUAUGGGCACCCCCUCUAAUAUUGAUAGGUAGGUGCUAAGGAACGUCUCUGCAUGAUCAAGGCUAAAUUGUGUGAUGCUAAAUUGUGUGACGACUUAAUUGACUGUAUAAUGUAAUGGUCAUACCUAAUAUAUGCAAUGGCCUUCGUAUUUAUACAUGAAUUUGUGGUUAGAGCUCGACAAUUAGUGUCUCUCUGUAGCUCAAUUGGUUAGAGCGCUGCACUGGAAUGGCAGGUUCGAUACCUGCCAGAGGGCCGAUAUAGUUGUAUUUUUCUGCUCCUGAUUACAGGUCUAAUAAAUGUAUAAAAAUUCCACUUGAAAUUUCCAUCUCCGCUACCUGAGUAUCAGGAUGGAUAACAAGUUGCAUUCCUAACUUCUGUAGAGUACAUCCAGACCUUGUAUACAUUCUGUUAAUUAUGGUUUUAUAUUUUUUAAUUUAGUUUUCUUACACUUCCCUUGCGUUAUCAUUUUGUUUUAAUUUCUUCUUUAAUUAGAUGGAAAAUUUCACGGAUCCACUUCAACAUAUACAAGAACAACUACAUCAGCAGAGAUCGUUUCUCGUCGCAGUGUCAAUAGCAUUCGUGAUUUUGUUAUCGCUUAUGUUUUGGUUCCGUUAACUAUUUCAAUCAUGCACUAAUCAAACGUAUUCGUGAAUUAUGUAUAACAUUGCUUUGGUCUUUGUUAUUGUGAAAAUUAUUUUCAAAUUUUUGUAACACAAAUUAGUCUUUAUAGAUUGUAAAAAUAAAAUGAUCAAAUCAAA